AUGGCUGAAGAAGAACUUGAUGCAAUUAAGGCUAUAUUCAGCUUACCAGGGGAAGUGCGCGUGGAGUCGUCAAGGUCAUCUGAUGCAAAGCAAUGUACAGUUGUGGUCAAGCCUUACGAAAAUGUGCUUCACAUCUUCCCUAACUGUAGCCUUACUGUUGUGGUCACAAUACCGGCCAGUUACCCCGCAGAAGCUCCCACGUUUUCUGUAUUCUCAGAUGACUUGCCACGACAGGAUCUCAGUAAACUUCGAACGAAAGCAGGACAAUAUCUAGAAGAUUCUGCAGGGAUGUUGCCAGGGAUUUUGCCCCUGCUGAUGUCCCUUCAGGAUGAAUUUUCUAUGUUAAUGUCGGAGAGGCUAGGGACGGUAGCCUCACUCAGCUCUGGGAACCCUGGGAGGCAGAUCAUGGGAGGCUCAUCAGGAAGGGAUAUUUACGGCGAUAUGUGGAUCUUGCUGGUACAGAUUGACCACAUGAGAGCUAAAGUGAAAUACACAAAGACUCUGAGAAACUGGUCCACAGAAUUAGGCCUAACUGGCAGGCUUCUCUUCCAGGGCAAACUCAUCUUGAACUUGCUACAGGGUAGCAGACAACAGUUAAAGGAAUUCUUGAUGCGUCAAAAGAUGGUGAACGUUGAUGUUGACUCCAGAGGACACAAAUGUAAAGAGCGACUUCUGAACAUCCUGUGUGAAGAGAGGUUGCCCGACCAGGCAGAAAGGUUAGUCUCCUAA